AUGGCUCUAGUGGACUACUCUGACUCCGAGAGUUCAGAUGCUGAAACCAAUAACACCCCUGAUCUCUCUGUCAAUCAAUCUAAACAGUUGAACUCAGCCGAUUUUCAAGUUGACCGCAGUAACCCACGCAAGAUCCGUGUUGCUCUUCCAGAAACAAGACCCGAGCAUGAUGCCGAUGCCGAUAAUGGACCUGCGCGUAAGAAGCUUCGUCUGGGAGGCGGCGCAAGUGGUACUUUUUCGGGGUUUAAUUCGAUUUUACCCGCUCCAAAAAAGGCUCCAACAACCAGCAAAUCUGCCAACCUGAAGACUGGAUCCCAGCCUAGUUUUGAUCGCUCGGAGCUUAAAAAGAACCCAGCGACCAAAAUUUCAACGCCCACCAACCCUGUUAAUGAUAAAGCGAAGCCUACGCCAGACAGCGCCAAUUCAGACACCAGUGGAUGGAAGAUGACUCCACUCGGGCUGGUGAAGGUGAUGAGCAAUUCUAAGUUUCGACCACUCUCGGCUGUCCAUCCAAAGAAGAAAACAGUCACAACCUCUGCAUUUCAAUCGACAACUUCCAUCGUGUCUACGUCUGCAACUGCCCUUCCCGCACCUCAGCAGCCUCCCGCACAGGCAUCCGACUCGAACGAAAUAUCAGCUCCAGCCCCGCCAAAACCAAAAGUUAGUCUCUUCUCCAUGUCAUCUGAGGACUCGAGCUUCCAGCCAGAGAACAGUUCAUCAGUAACUGGAAGCUAUGAGCCCUUGGUAUACCAUACGGAAACGGAGAACCCAUCUUUGGGCCCAGAUCCUGCACCGGAUAUGAUGGAACCCUCCUCGGAAAUUCCCGCCAGUGCCCCAGUUCAAUCGCUAGACACAAUUGCAGAUGACCUUAAUCUAUCUCGCGCAGAUAGACGACAGCUUUUCGGACGCAGCGGACAAUCUGCUGGGGCGAAAGUCCUUACUUUCAACACAGAUCAAGAAUACAUUUCAAACCAGAAUAUUGCCCAGAGCGAACUGGCAGCUGCUCAGCAUAACCCUGUUCGUUCCAUUGCUCCUGGAAAACACACUCUUCAGCAAUUGGUCCAUGCAGCCAGCUCGCAAAAGGAAGCUUUGGAGGAGAGCUUUGCCGCUGGCAGAAGAAACAAGAAGGAGGCAGGCUCCAGAUAUGGGUGGUAG